GUACCUUGAAAUUUCACCAUUAAUCUUAAUCUUGCUCAUAUAGCUCCUUCAAUGGCGUCUUCAGGUGUAAAGGGAGACAAGUAUCGUUCCUUCUUGAACGAUGAAGAUGAGAAGAAUACCACCUGGAAAUUCGGCACUCCUCCUACUUAUGAAGUUGUCAACAAGCUCUUUGAAGAAGGCAGAACCAAGAUUUGGCCUGCUGGGUCACUCGAAGAAAAAGUUCAGAAUCUUGUCAAGGCAUGGGAAACCGAAAUCAUGCACAAGACGGACCCCAAAGAUUUUAAGACAAUGGAUAUAGAGAAAUAUACCUUCAGCCUGAAUGGAAGGAAGGCUAUGAAUCUGCAGGAAAUUGGAAAGGUUGGUGGAGGAUACAAUCCGCAUUUUCAGACUUCAUUGCCAAAGGAGCUGAGAGUGUAUGAUCCUGAAGAAGAAACAUCAGUUUCAUCUCACGCAGCUUUGACCACAACUUUUCCAAGAGGGUUUGCUCUGGAGGUUCUCCAGGUUUACAGUGGGCCUCCAGUUAUCGCUUUCAAGUUCAGGCACUGGGGUUACAUGGAAGGUCCAUUCAAGGGCCAUGCUGCCACUGGAGAAUUGAUUGAAUUCUAUGGCAUUUGCAUCUUUGAGGUGAAUGAAGAGAUGAAAGUGGUGAAGGUGGAGUUCUUUUAUGAUCGUGGAGAAUUGCUUGGAGCUCUUAUUAAGGGUGCUAAAAUUGAUGCCUCUGUUGAAGAAGCAACUUCAAGGUGCCCUGUCCUCAGGAGCACUGGCUAGUUCAUAGAAUUGUUUAAUGAAAAUUAUAAAUAUAUACAAGGAAUAAAAUUAAUAAAUAAUAUAAAAUUCAAUAAAUUAUUAAAAGUA